CACAAUUUGGAGCGCUUUGGGACCACAUUAAGCCAUUUAUUUAACAAGUUUAGCCAAGUGCCAUGUUGAUCCCCGAGUUCUCGUCCCAAUCUGCGGGCACGACCGACGCGCAGUGCUCUCUACUACGCCGUCUCAGCACACUCGGUUUGCUGUAUGCCAAGCUGCCGCUUCGUCAGCUACGCGAUUUGGCGCCGCCCGUACCCGCCUUCAACACGGAGCCGCGCGAGAUGGCACUCAAGGCCUCGCUGCUGGAUGGUAGAACGUUGCUGGGUCCGUUCUCGGCCGAAAUGCUCGAGCCACUAGCCUCGUGGCUGGACCAAGGCAUUGAAAAGGUACUAGUGGACGCCGCGUCUAGCGAAGACGCCGAACUCGAGCGUGUGGCUAUCGCUGUCUCGGAGCUGCCAGCCAAUCGAGUGGUGCUGCGUAUUCCCGUGCCAUCGCUACAGGCCCAAGACGUCUCCGAACUCGGAGAAAAGCUAGCGAGACUUGUCGACACUGCCAGCGGUGUGGUGUUCGUCAUCGACUCUGUAAAACUAACGCAGGAGAGCGGGUUCGAGGCUCUGUCCACAAGCUUACAGGCGUUGAGGAAAAGUGUGGAUGAAGGAUACCUCUUUGCCGUCGAGAUGAGUACUGGACCCGCUGCAGCUUUUAACUCCGAAGUGGCAUUAACCAGGAUCCAGGAGCUCCACCACAGGCACAUCCACGUCGUGUCGCCUGGUUACUGCAGUGGCGAUGGAGAGCAGGCUGACAUGGUUACAGGAGACGGAGAGGCUGUGGUGGACGCGGCAUUGUGCUUUGUCAAGUGUCUGCGUACAGAUCGUCCCGACGGUCUAUUUACUACAGUCGUCGCGGAUGAAGCAGGUGUCGCUCUUGGACUGGUAUACUCAAGUGCAGAGAGUAUCGUCGCAGCUGUGUCUAGUGGCCGUGGUGUCUACUACUCUCGAUCACGUGGUGGUCUCUGGAAGAAAGGAGAGAGCAGCGGCAACGCCCAGAAGCUCAUUAAGAUCGACAUGGACUGCGAUAGUGACGCACUGCGCUUCACAGUGAACCAGACGGGCGCUGGCUUCUGCCACCUCAACACGCGUACGUGCUGGGGUCACGACGGCGGUCUCCGUGCACUCGAAAGUAUGCUCUUCAGUCGCCACGAGAACGCACCGGCUGGAUCGUACACGAAGAGGUUGUUCGACGAUGCGGAGUUGCUACGUAACAAGCUGGUGGAGGAGGCACAGGAGCUCGCAGAAGCCGAAUCAAUCCCAGAUGUGGCUGGCGAAGCCGCUGACGUCAUGUACUUCGCUAUGGUGCGUUGUGUGGCAGCAGGCUGCAAGCUCAGCGACGUUGAGAAAAUGCUGGACAAGCGUGCGUUGAAGGUGAAGCGACGACCUGGCAACUCGAAGGCCUACCGCAUCUCGGCAGCCAACAAGAUCCUGAACACCAAGGGCAUGCAAAGUGGCUCAGCGUCGGCAGUGUCGGCUUCUGCGGUUAGUGAGCAGAGCUAGAGGCUAAAGCAGGAACAGGACACCGCUAGAAGACACCGGCGAUCUUCUACCGGAGCCAGGCAUAGAGUCAGGAGCUUCUUGCGCCAAAUACACAGGCUGAAUAUUCAUCCUAGUA